UAUUAAACAUAUCCCUCAAAAGAGGCUCAGAGCACACCUUCACCUCUUCACGUCGCCGAAGUUUCGCUCCUAUAAAACCACUCUCACAUUUGUCAUCAGCACCAACAAGCUACUUUCCAAAGUCAAACAAAAAAACACACACUAAACUUUCCCAAUGUCUUCCUUUGUAGCAUCUCAAUCUUGUUUCCUUACUACUAAUUCCAAUCUUUUACCUCUUAAACCCUCUUUUCUUCAACAAUCUUCUACCUUUCUUCGCUUUUCUGCCCCUCUUUCUUCCUCAUCUUCUGUCCCAGGUUGUGGGUUAGUUCAUGUUGCGACAGAAAAGAAAAAUCGUGCCUCAUUUGCAGUGACAAAUGCAGUGAGGGAGUUGGAAGGAUAUGUCACUAAAGCCCAGAAUUUUCGAUUUGCCAUUGUUGUGGCUAGGUUUAAUGAAUUUGUGACAAGGCGGCUAAUGGAAGGAGCUCUUGACACUUUCAAGAAAUAUUCCGUCACUGAAGAUAUUGAUGUUGUUUGGGUUCCUGGUGCUUAUGAGCUUGGCGUUACUGCACAGGCACUGGGAAAAUCAGGAAAAUAUCAUGCUAUUGUGUGUCUUGGAGCUGUGGUAAAAGGGGAUACUUCACACUACGAUGCUGUCGUUAACUCCGCCUCCUCUGGAAUACUAACAGCUGGACUGAAUUCAGGAGUACCUUGUAUCUUUGGUGUCCUUACUUGUGAUGACAUGGAUCAGGCCAUUAAUCGCGCUGGUGGAAAAGUAGGCAAUAAGGGUUCUGAGGCAGCGCUAACAGCUAUUGAGAUGGCUUCGCUCUUUGAACAUCAUUUGAAGGCCUAGAUUCAAUUUGAUUGAAGUAGUUCCCCUGUCCAUUGAGCCACUUCAAGAUUACCUUAUUCCCUAGAGAUUUCUCUUAAACGCGUGCAACCGUGCAGGGAAGAAAGGGGGGGGUGUUUCAGGAAUUAAGAGGUUUACAUUUUGUUGUAAGAGAAACUUGCUUCCCCCAUGGGCCAAUAUGUUUGGAUAAAUUUUCUUUUCUUUUUUCUUUCAUUUUUGAUACCGUGUUUUAUGAGAAUAAAUUCUUGGGAAGUUGUUGUGAACAUGGAGCUCUGGUGCCUGACAGCCUGAGAAUAGUUGGUUGGAAAUCUAUAUCUUUUACUUUCCUCAAGAAAUUUGAGGAUGCUCUA